GGUUUUGCUAUACAUCCAUGCCAUAAUCCAUAGGUCAAUGAAUAGCAAAUCAAUAUGGUCUAUAAAUUUGAAUUUUGCUUUCUGUAUGCUGUAUGAAUAUUUCGGAACGAAGAAAUUACCUUAGUUUAUUGAGGAAUCUGAGAUUUAAAGAUACUCGUUUAUAGUUAAUGAAUCGCGAUGUACAAGACGACGUAUGAAAAAUCGUUCUAUUGGCCGGAACAUAUACCCAAAUCCAAUGUUCAUCAAGUUGAACCUGGGUUCACCAUGAUACCAAAGCCAAAUGAAGAUGAAUACAAACAGCUGUACAUGCCUAAAAUUUUGAUACACAGAAAGCUGAGUGAAAAUAAAAGAAUUGUGCCGCCUUUGGAGUACUCAUCUAGUGCACCACCAAAAUGUCAAGACGUGGAUUUAAAUUGUUCCGAUACAUACGAAAGAUCUUUGUACCAAGAGAGCUAUAUAAAUUGGACGCCAAGUCAAGCGCAUAAAAAAGAGGAAACACCAGAAGAGUGGGCUCAGAAAUGGAGGAACGAGUGUCACAACGUUCGAGAUGCCGACGAUUUAGUGCAGGACUUAUCGAAUCGAAUUAUCAAAUCGCGAAAGAUGAUAUUAAGUAGAAAGAAGAUCGGUUAUGCUUAGUGGGGGUACUGUUUUAAAGAUUAAACAUUUUGAUAGAAACGUAUUGAAUGUUUUGAUAGUUAUUAUAUUUUUAAUUUAAAUUAAUACAAACAAACAAUUAAUGAUUUUUAUUUAGUGAGCAAAUUUUAAACUAAAUUCAUUAGAUAAAUAAAUCAUUUUGACCACUAGAAGGUGCUUAUAAUUGUAAAAUGUAUAUAUUUUCUGUUUAAUAUAUCUAACAUCUAUUGAGUAUAAUUAGAGUAAAAUAGAGGAUUACAACUUUUUUUUUUAAAAAUGUUGUACUGGUUUUUUAGCAGCAUAACAUAGUUUUUAACUCAAUGAAUAUUAAAAUGUUUACAUUUCAAAUUAAACAUUUAACUAAACAUUAUUAUUAUUG